AUGCACUUGGCUCCUAUGGGGCUUAGUGCAUCCGUCCCUGCGCUGCAUGGGAUAGUUGAUGCUCCUGUGCUUCAGCAACGUAUGUCAGUUGCGGUGAAGGGCCAUGAAUUGACUGUUGGCAAAGAGUUCCGUCAUGUCCACAGCUGUAGGAGAGCCCUAAGAGACGCAGCUAUUGCUCUUCACUUUGAAAUGCAAACAAUAAAGUCCGACAAGACUCGUUAUACUGCCAAGUGUGCAAGUGAGGGGUGCCCUUGGAGAAUACAUGCUGCAAGACUUCCUGGUGUUCCUACUUUCACCAUUAGAACUAUCCAUAACGAACAUACUUGUGCAGGGAUUACUCAUCUUGGUCAUCAACAAGCUUCGGUUCAGUGGGUUGCAGAUGUUGUUGCAGAAAGCAUCAAUGAAAAUCCUCAUUAUAAACCGAAGGAGAUAUUGGAAGAGAUUCACCGUGUUCACGGAAUUGCUUUAUCAUACAAACAAGCAUGGAGGGGCAAGGAACGCAUCAUGGCCACUGUGCGUGGCAAUUUCGAGGAAGAUUAUCACCUCCUCACGCAAUAUUGUGAUAUGAUCAAAAGAACAAAUACAGGAAGCAUUGCGAAGGUUUAUGCGGAUCCUGUUGAUAACUUAGAUAUUCGAACCCGAAGCUGUUAUUGUCGUGGAUGGGAGCUGAGUGGACUCCCUUGUGCUCAUGCCAUUGCAGCUCUCCUAUCUUGUAGACAAAAUAUGCGCAAGUUUACAGAAAGUUGUUUCACAGUGGCAAAUUACUGUAAGGCAUACUCAAAGACAAUACACCCUGUUCCUGAUAAAUCCCUUUGGAAAGAGAUGCCUGAACAGUUUCGAAAUGGAAAUAACGAUGCGGAGGUCAUUAUAAAACCACCCAAGUUGCUUGAGCAGCCAGUGAGACCUAAAAAGAGGAGAGCUCUUACCGGGAAUGUCGAUCGGGCGAAAAGGAUGGUGCAUUGCAGUCGUAGUUUUUUCCUUUUGUGUUCUUCAGAUCAUCAACAUCACAGCAGCCCACUCACUUUGACACAGAUCAUGAUUGCCACUUCCAUCGGCAUCAUCAUUGCAGCAGCGUUGAAGUUUCAUCUUCAUAAGCUAAGGGAUCAAAAGAUCAUCCCGAAGCUACGGUCGCGGGACAAAGGCGGCCGUCACAUCGAUAAGGUCGAACGUUUCCCUCACUACGUAGCCAGGCAGAUGGGAUUUAAUGAUAGAAGAGAAUGCCCUUUGCUCUGCAAGUUGGCAGCGGAAUACAUCAGGAAAUUAGAAGGUUGUGAGGAGGAUAUAUAUACAUUCUUCUCCAGCGAACUCGAUGUCGAUUCGCUUUUUGUUAAGCUUGUGGAGGAAUUUGAGAGAUGCAUUCUUAGUUAUUUUGCAUUCCAUUGGGGCCAUGCAGAUCUUAUGAUUGCCCAGGUAUUAAGUUCUGAUGCUGAACCCAAGAGAAAGCUCAAGCAGAUUUUCAUGGCAGCAACUAGGGAACAGAGAUUUGAGAGGGUGACAAAGAAUCUGAAAGUGGCUAGAAUUUUCACUACAUUGGUGGAAGAAAUGAAAGCGAUGGGGCUUACAUCGACCGACGACUCUCAAUGUACGGAAGUGAUGGCUCCGGUGGCUCAUAGCGAUAGAAGUCCGGUGCUGCUUCUCAUGGGAGGUGGGAUGGGAGCUGGGAAGAGCACUGUGCUUAAAGACAUCCUCAAAGAACCGUUCUGGGCAGGAGCAGCAGGGAAUGCAGUCGUGAUCGAGGCCGAUGCAUUCAAAGAAUCAGAUGUUAUCUACAGAGCCCUCAGCAAACGAGGUCAUUCGGACAUGGUCCAUACAGCUGAAUUGGUGCACCAAUCAUCUACAGAUGCAGCAUCAUCCCUUCUAGUGACGGCACUCAACGAAGGGCGGGAUGUGAUCAUGGAUGGAACAUUGUCCUGGAUACCAUUUGUUUUGCAGACAAUAACCAUGGCCCGAUGUGUCCAUCGUCGCAGAUAUCGCAUGGGUGCUGGUUACAAGAAAAACCCUGAUGGGACCAUAAUCGAGAACUAUUGGGAACAACUCGAAGAAGAACAAGUUCCGGAAGGAGGCAAAAGAAGGAAACCAUACAGAAUAGAGCUGGUUGGAGUUGUUUGUGAAGCUUAUUUAGCAGUUAUUAGAGGCAUAAGGAGAGCUAUAAUGUGUAGACGAGCCGUAAGGGCGAAUUCACAAUUGAAAUCCCACAAGAGAUUUGCAAAUGCAUUUCCAACAUAUUGCCAAUUGGUUGACAAUGCUAGACUAUAUAGCACCAAUGCCUUGGAAGGUCCACCUAAGUUGAUAGGGUGGAAAGACAAAGACAGGACAUUGCUAGUCGAUCCCGACGAGAUCGGCUGCCUAAAGAGGAUAGGCAGGCUGAACGAAAAUGCGGAUUCAAUAUACGAACUUUACAGGUAUCCUAACCCGGCUUGUCAAACCGGUUCAAUUUGGAAAGACAUUGUACUAUCACCCUCAAGAUUAAACAUUCAGCUGGAGCUGAAGUAUACCAUCCAGAAAGUGGAAAUGAUGUCUAAUGCGGAUUUGAACUCAUGAAUGUGUCUAAACUCGCAAAUUGC